CAGAUCUGACAAGAAUGAUCUCGCCUCAACCGUAAGCUUGCUACAGCAUGGCCAGCAACUUGCUCGACCCUAAUGCCCUGCUGAGCCCACGCCAGCGGUCAGCAAGCGAAGCAGACACGGUCGUCUCCGCCGAGCCCUCGUUCUGCACCGGCGAGACCACCGCGGCGCCGAGUCUCGUCGUGCCCGACCCGAAACAAGCCCUCGAGCCAGACCCCGGCACCGAAGCCGACUUCCAUGUCGUCGAUAAUCCAUUCGACUAUAGCCCUGGCCAGCUGAACAAGCUGCUGAACCCAAAGUCGCUCGAUGCGUUCAGAGCGUUAGGUGGGAUCGAGGGGAUAGCUCGUGGCCUGCACGUUGAUAUCGAUGCCGGUCUUAGCGUGGAUGAGGAUGGACAGGCUUCUGCCGCCAGGACUCGAGUAUACGGGCGAAAUCAACUUCCGCCAAAGAAGCCAAAGUCGAUUUGGAGACUGAUGUGGAUUACGAUGCACGAGGCGGUCUUAGUCAUGUUGUUGGUGGCGGGUGUGAUAUCCCUUGCGCUUGGCCUGUACGAGACUUUCGGUGUGCAUAAGGAGGCUGGUAGUCCGACGUCUGUUGACUGGGUCGAGGGCGUUGCUAUUCUCGCGGCGGUAGUUAUUGUUGUCGUCGUCGCGUCGCAUAAUGACUGGCAAAAAGAAAAGGCGUUUGUCAAGCUGAAUACCAAAAAGGAUGAUAGAGAGGUGAAGGUACUCCGGUCUGGGAAGUCGAUGCUCAUCAAUGUCAGCGAUGUCGUUGUAGGAGAUAUUGUCUAUUUGGAGCCUGGAGACCUUGUGCCUGUCGAUGGUAUCCUUGUCAAUGGUCAUAAUGUCAAGUGCGAUGAAUCGUCUGCCACCGGUGAGUCCGAUGCGCUGAGAAAGACUGCCGGGCCACACGUUUUCGAAAUGGAGACGAAGAGUACAAAGGAGCCGGACCCUUUCAUCAUCUCUGGCUCGAGGGUUCUUGAAGGCAUGGGAACCUUCCUUUGCACCUCUGUCGGCGUACACUGCAGCUUCGGCAAGAUCAUGAUGUCAAUCCGGACAGACAUCGAGUCCACACCUUUACAGAAGAAGCUGGAAGGCUUAGCGGUGGCCAUUGCAAAACUCGGUGGUGGUGCAUCAGCGCUCAUGUUCUUCGUCCUCCUGUUCCGCUUCUGCGCCAACCUCCCUCAAGACCACCGACCCCCAGAGGAGAAGGCGUCCACCUUCGUCGACCUCCUCGUCGUGGCCAUUUCUCUUAUUGCCGUCGCCGUGCCCGAGGGUCUCCCUCUCGCUGUGACUCUCGCGCUCGCCUUCGCCACUACCCGUCUGCUCAAGGAGAACAACCUGGUCAGGGUUCUCCGGGCAUGCGAAACCAUGGGGAAUGCCACAUGCAUCUGCUCGGACAAGACCGGAACCUUGACCACGAACAAAAUGACCGUUGUCGCCGGCUGCUUUGGAGCUUCUAGUUUCACCUCUGAUGUCUCUUCAUGGGGGUCGAACUUAUCCCAGGACAUGAAACAGCUCCUCAUCCACUCCGUCGCUAUCAACUCCACCGCAUUCGAAGGAGAGCAGGACGGCACCCUAACAUUUAUAGGUCCUAAGACGGAGACUGCGCUGCUCCAGCUCGCCAAAGACCAUCUCGGCAUGCAAUCCCUGGCGGAAACGCGGGCGAACGAAGACACUGUCCUUAUCGAGCCGUUUGACUCGAUCAAGAAAUACAUGGUCGCCGUUAUCAAAGUCCCGUCGGGCUACAGACUGUUGAUAAAGGGAGCAUCGGAAAUCGUGCUCCGGUUCUGCACGACGCAGAUGAACGUAUCAACUGGUGAUAUCGAACCCGUGGACCGCAAAGCCACGGAAGACGCCAUCACCGCGUUCGCGGGAAAGUCUCUCCGCACGAUUGGCAUCGUGUAUAAAGAUUUCGAAGAGAUUCCUGACCUCGAGAAUUUGAAUGACCUCACACUCCUCGGCGUGGUCGGGAUCCAGGAUCCAGUGCGUCCUGGGGUUCCCGCGGCUGUCCAGAAUGCUCUUCGUGCUGGCGUGAGGACGCGGAUGGUCACUGGGGAUAAUAUAAUAACUGCCCGGGCUAUCGCCACAGAGUGCGGUAUCUUCACCGAUGGAAUUGUAAUGGAGGGGCCCGAGUUCCGAAGAUUAUCUGAAGAAGAGCUGGACAGGACUAUCCCACGCCUACAAGUCCUAGCCCGUUCUUCGCCCGAGGAUAAACGCAUCUUGGUUACACGUCUCAAAGCCGUGGGCGAAACUGUAGCUGUUACAGGUGAUGGUACUAAUGACGCGCCUGCACUGAAAGCUGCAGAUGUUGGUUUCUCCAUGGGCGUCUCUGGUACAGAAGUAGCAAAGGAGGCAUCUGAAAUCAUCCUCAUGGAUGAUAACUUCACCUCAAUCGUCACAGCGCUGAAAUGGGGACGUGCUGUCAACGACGCCGUGCAGAAGUUCCUCCAGUUCCAAAUCACCGUCAACAUCACUGCCGUCUUGCUCGCGUUCAUUACAUCCAUGUACAAUGAAGACAUGGAGCCUGUGCUCAAGGCUGUGCAACUUCUCUGGAUCAACCUCAUCAUGGACACCAUGGCCGCCCUAGCCCUAGCCACAGACCCUCCCACAGACGCCAUCCUGGACAGACCACCCCAGCCAAAGUCCGCACCGCUGAUUACCAUGAACAUGUGGAAAAUGAUAAUCGGCCAAUCCAUCUUCCAGCUCGUGGUAAUCCUCGUGCUGUACUUCGCCGGCGGAGCCAUCCUACACUACGACGUCGGCAUCGCGAGCGAAAAACUCCAACUCGACACGAUAAUAUUCAACAUCUUCGUCUGGAUGCAGAUCUUCAACGAACUGAACUGCCGCCGCCUCGACAACAAACUAAACGUCUUUGUCGGGGUGCACAGGAACUGGUUCUUCAUCGCUAUCAACCUCAUCAUGAUCGGGCUGCAGAUUGCCAUCGUCUUCGUCGGCGAUACGGUCUUUGAUAUUGACCCCGACGGCCUAGAUGGACCGCAGUGGGCUAUUUCAAUCCUGGUAGCGGCGUUUAGUCUGCCUUGGGGUGUUGUUGUGCGGUUCUUCCCCGAUGAGUGGUUUGCCUGGUGUGUUCAUCUUGUUGCGCCGCCGUUUGUCGUUUGCUAUCGGUAUAUGUCGAAGGGGUUUCGGUGGCUUGGAAGGCUUUUUAAGAAGUCUGAUAAAAAGGUUAUAGAGGCAGGGCAUUCAGGUCAAGACACGCCAAAGCAUCAGAAGAUGUCUGCACCGCCGCCGAUUUUUGUUGAUGUUCAAAUGGAAAAGGUGUGAUGCAGGGGCAAUGGUUCACUCUUACUGCCAGCGCUCCGCUCGCAGCCAUUUGUAGACAAUACGAGGAGUAAUCAAAAUACCACCUCAGUUGAAAAGGUUUAACAAU